AUGUUCCCUGGGCCUCUGGCUCGACGAUGGUACGCAACCGCAGCACAGAGCACUAGUGUCAGUGCAACUUCUACUCCACUGCCCGCGUUCUCUUAUAUUCUCCACCUAGAGUCGAGCUGGCCGCAUGCGAUCUACGCUUCAGAGCGUGUAACCGACCGAAGGUCUGCCUUCCUUGCGCAUGCCACAACACUAUCUUCCGUGGACCAGUUGCCAGAUUUUCUGGACUACAUUACCUCGCAACCCCAGCUAAAACGCGCUACGCAUUGUAUGUAUGCAUAUCGCACUUUCAAGCAGAGUCCGGAAGAACCGAAUCAUCACGGCUCGUCAAUGGGCCAAAGGGCUCAAGCGGUGUCAGCAACGCCUCCGUCCAAAUCAACGGUGUUGACGGGGCAGAAGGAUGGCGGAGAAAGUGGUAGUGGGGACCGCCUUGCUCGAUUGCUUCAAGACACGCGGAGUGAUAAUGUCGUGCUUGUCGUGUCUCGUUGGUACGGCGGGAUACAACUAGGGAACGACAGGUGGAAGAGAAUCAACCAGGUUGCGAAGGAAGCAUUGCAGAAGGGCAACUUUCCGCGCCCAAAAGAAGACCCUGCUAGUUCUCAUUCUGCCUCGAGCUCAAGGAAACGUAGACGCUAG